UCCGGAAGUAACUCACUGAGCUCCUCUGACACUCGUUCAUGUUGUUAAAUGAGUUUUCAUGUUUCCUGUCUCAUUUUUAGCUUCCUGUUUAGACCAUCCACCCUCUAAUUAGACUUGGAGGUCUUCUCCACAGCAUAAAGAUGGCCGAGGGUGCCGAGGCUGAUGUUGACGAGCCGUCUCGUUGUUUGUUGCCUGUCAUUACUGUCUCAGAUCUGCCCAGUGCGACUGCAGCAGGUCGUAACCUCAAAGAAUGGCUCCAGGAGCAGUUCUGUGACAAACCUCUGGAGCAGGAUGACAUGCGACUUCACAAUGCAGCCUAUGUGGGGGAUCUGGACACCCUGAGGAACCUACUACAGGAAGAUGGCUUCAGAGAGCGUAUCAAUGAGAAAUCUGUUUGGUGUUGUGGCUGUCUGCCCUGCACCCCGCUGCGGAUUGCAGCCACAGCAGGGCACGUAACCUGCGUGGCUUACCUUAUAGCUCAAGGGGCUGAGGUGGACCUCGUCGAUGUCAAAGGCCAAACAGCGUUGUAUGUCGCUGUGGUUAACGGUCACCUGGACUGUGUACGCGUCCUCCUUGAGGCUGGAGCCAACCCCAACGGGAGCCGUCACCACCGCAGUACACCACUUUACCAUGCUGUACGUGUUGGUCGGCUGGAUGUACUUCAGGAACUCAUCCGGUUUAAUGCUGACGUUGAUAUGGAUCAUCAGCUGGGUCCUCGGCUUCCCCUAUGUGCCCGCACCCUCAGCACUUUGGUGGUGUGUCCGCUGUACAUCAGCGCUGCCUACCACCACCUGCACUGCUUCCGGGCUCUGCUGGAGGCUGGUGCUCAGCCUGACUUCAACUACUCAGGGCCUGUUUGUCACGAUGCUCUGACUCGCGGCCUGGCCUCCUGCCUUCUGGAUGCCGUGCUACGACAUGGAUGCGAGGUGGCUUUUGUCCAACUGCUGCUGGACCACGGGGCCAACCCAGCCUAUGUACCCUGGGAUGAGGCUGAGAUGGAGGCUCCCAACCGGAGAAAGGUCGAUCCAGAAGCCCUUAGGGUCUUCCUGGAAGCGAGGAAAUGCCCCUGCAGGUUGACCCACCUGUGUCGCAUCAGGAUACGCCGAGUCCUGGGGAAAAAACGUCUGCAGCAUAUACCAUCACUGCCACUUCCUCAACCCAUCAAGAACUUCCUGCUUCAUCAGAACUAACAGCCCCGCCUCUUCACAUUCACUUUCUUAAACCACAGCAUUGUGGUUCUGGUGGACCCAAUUUAUUGAAAAUUAAUUAUUAUAUUUUUCAAGUUAGUUCCACCAAGCUUUUGCUCUCCCUGUCAGGGUCUUAUUGUUUUCUUUUAGUAACUGGGGCGGCAUUGCUCAGGUGGUAGCGUAGUCGUCUUCCAACCUGAAGGUUGCAGGUUCGAUCCUCUAUCCUCCCAUUAUCAUGUUGAAUUAUCCUUGGGCAGAAUACUGAACCCCCAGUUGCUCCUCAUGCUGCAUCAUCAGUAGGUAAAUGUGGUAACUGUCAAAGCACUAUGAGUACCUUAAAGGUAGGAAAGUCCAUUUAUUAUUGCUUCUAUCUUACUGUUUUUACUUUGUAUUCUUUAUGCAGUGGCACCCACUUAAGUUGACAACCCGUUUUUGUUGACCAAUUCAUCAAGCCCCGGUCUACCGUGUUAUGUUGUUCUUAUUACUAAAAAGUGCCUGCUGAAGUUGAUGUCGACAUAAAAGGACGUAAAAUGUAAGACCCAAAGGGGUCAUUUGUAUGAAAAAUUGGUCUGUUUAUGUGGAUGUGUUGUAUUGUCAACUCCCUCGUUAUCGCUAAGCAGCUUGGCAUGACAACAGCAAUAUACAAAUAAAAAACUACUGUUUACUUACAUAGCAUUAAAAUGUGCACACAGAGACUUCCUGUUCAGUGCAAAGUAAGCUUCAAAAGAAAAGCGUGGUAGUAUUAACCAGGAUUCUGCAACAGCAACUACUGAAAUGUACUUAAGUUGUUCUUGUUUAGAUUGUUAGGAAGAAAGGUUUGCGCAUGUGUGAAAGCUUAAUUGUCACUGUAGUCAAUACAUACAAUGAAAUGACUGCAGCAGCUCUGUUAGAAGGGUCUAAAACAAAUGGCCACGAGCUACUCAUUUUUGUCGAAAUUAUUUUCAUACCUUUUUUUAACCCAAAGAAAUCAAAUAUGCUUGUUUUACCAGAACAUUCACAAAAUGCUGGUAUCCACAACUCAUAUUUUAUGUUUCAGAAUACAUUUCUUUCUAGUGUUCUCACAUUAUUAACUGAAAACCUGAAUGAAAAGCAGGCCUGCGGGCACCUCAUGUGGUCGUGGGGGGCUACCUGGUGCCCGCGGGCACUGUGUUGGUGACCCCUGGUCUAAAAUAUCAUGAAAACAGAAGAAUCCAAAUUAAAAUAUACACAAAUGGAGGAUAAAUGUCAACAAACUACUGUAGGUUCAAAAAUCCUUUAUGACAGCACAUUCUCCUUAUGUCGCUGACAAUAGUCACAGCAUUUACUAGUUUUGGUUUCUGGUAGGUCAACAACUAAUUAUGUCAAUUUCAGACCGCGAGUCCGACGGUCGUCGACUUAAAUGGGUUCUUCUCUAUAAACCCUUCAGCCACAGUUAGUUACUACUCAAUAUGUCUACAUUUAGUGUGUAUUCAUUCAGUACAGCUUAACCGACAUUAUAAGCGGUCAAUAGCAAUGCAAUCAUGAAAAAAGUGAAUAAACACAUUUCACGCCUUCUGUUUUUACUACAACAGGUGGCUAGGGAGAAGUUUACACUUGUGGCAGAAUCAGAAAUUCUGCAUGUCUUACAAAACCUCAUGCAACAUUGUUAUUGAUUGAAAAACAAAAGAAUACUAUGCUGAAUAGAGCAACUGUUGCUAAUUGUGCUUUGACUGAAUGUCUCUAUGAUACUCAAACUUGUCAGUUUUACUUUGUGUAUCACACUUAUUUAUAUUCAGUAAACCCAUUUUAAUCUUAUAUUAUCUCCUGUAUGUUUUUAUUGGUUACUCUUCUACACGACGAG